GAAAACUGCUGCAUGAGGAGGCCCCUGAAUCGACCAACACCUCGGAACGCGCUCCACAUGCUAAAGUUAACCUGAAAGCCUGUAAUCGACAAGCUUUCCAGUCCAGCCAAACACUGUAGAACUUUGGUUGUCAAUAUAGACAUUCCCCUCGCACAACAUGUGCCUGCGCGGGGCACUGUGAAGGCAACUCCUCUUUGGGCGUUAUGGCAAGACAGUCCAAAACAGGAAGCUCGGAAGCCAAACGACCCAUAAGCAAGUCUCGGCCGGAGACCUACAUAUUCUACUUCUUGGAAUCACCAGCCAGUUCUGGUAUCCAAUUCACCCGCCAAAAAAAAUGCGAUUUGGCUUUCACUCUACUUGCUGGCAUAUCUGCUUACUAGCAUCUCUGGAUGCUGGUUGUUUCUAUCCACCUAAUAGCGC